UGGCAAUUAUUACAAAAUUGACGGAGAGUUUAAACGUACAUAGAGAGAGACUGUUGGUGAAUAUCGAGCUAGCUGUUCACUGCACUGCACUGUACUGAAACACUGCUAGAGUAAGCUAGAGUAAGUUACUAGACUAACUUGAGAUGGCUGGGCAGCAGUACAAGGCCAAGUAUGACUUUGUUGCCAGUGGAGACGGUAUGCUGUCCUUCAAGACAGCUGACCAGUUCUCCUUGGUGAGGAAGACCAACAAUGACUGGUGGAUGGUGCGAUCCAUGAGUGGAGACAUUGGCCUAGCACCUGUUGCCUAUUUAGAGGCUGUGGGCUACAUGCAAUCCAUAGGCAGUUCUGUCAAGAAGAGCUCAUACACUACCCUCUAUGAUUACACGGCACAGAACGCCACCCAGCUCAGCUUCAAACAGGGAGAGACGCUUACCCUGCUUGACAAGACGGACGUGUCAUGGUGGACCUUGAAGACUGUCUCUGGCAAGCAGGGGCUGGUACCAGUCAACUACAUAGACAAACUGGAAACAGCUGACGAGAAGAGAGUAGACAGUUCUGUUAGUCCCACCCCCCACAGCAACGGCACACCUUCCGAGCAGGAGGCUGUUCUACUCUCCAUUGAUACUCAGAUUCAGAGGAUCCACGACACAGCUGCAACCAAUGGAGGCAGCUACACCGGGGAAAUGAGGGCCCUUCUAAAUAAACUGGUCGCCCAUCGUCAGUCUUACGUUGACUCCCUGAAGCACAACAACGUACCCUCAUCUCCCAUCAAAACCCUUGCUCAGCCGGCCAGGUCCCCGAGCUCAAGUCCAAAAAGUGUCAAAAAGAACGCAUCGUCAGGAUCACCACUGCGGGCAAAGAGGCAAGCUCCGCCUCCUCCUAGCAACCCCACAAAAACUCCCACAAAAAGUGAAACGGAUCAGGUGGCGAAGAGAGAUAAGAGCUCACAGAUAAACAAUACCAAGGACAACCGGUACAGUCUUCAAGUAACUAACACAGUGAAUGACUCGGAGGAAUUCAAGCAUCGCUUUGACUCGCUACCACGAAGAUCAGCCCCUGCUCCUCCCAACAGAAGAGACUCUCUCUCCAGGGACAACCCAGUAUCGGCGAGCAAGCCCCCCGUACAUCCAUCAAGCCCGCAAAAGAGUGGAUUCAAAGAAGCUGACCUCCAGAGCUCUUCCACGUUUAGCCCUAGCUCUAGCCUGACCCCCCCUUCCAGCCGGCGAUAUUCUGACAACAUCCACACGGGGAGCCCAUUGCCUCAGGCCGCAAGCACCUCCUCCCCACCUCGCUCACGUUCCCUCUCUGUUAGCUCCCGAGGCUCUAGAACACUGGACUCUCGAAGACGAACAAAUAGCGGUUCAUCAAAUGGUAGCCCUCGCUACUCUCGCUCACGUAGCUCCUCUAAAGAGAAUGUCAUUCAACCGAGGAUAGAGCUGCCCAAAAGCUUCCCCAAGACUGACGGAGCAGAGUUGGUAGAGAAUAUUAGGGAACGCACGGCUGUUAGCUAUCGUAAGACUCUCCUCGCUGUGACUGGUGUGCUGGAGUUCUUGAAGGAGAAGGUGCCCGUGUGUGCUGAGAUGGUGGAUGGUCUUAUGACAGCAGUGCAGGAAUCUCAGGUUGAGAAGUCUCCAUCUGCGACAAGGAAGGCGGAGGCCAGCUCUGACCUGGUGAGACUGAGAGACAUCUUUUUUGAGAUCACAGAGUGCAAGAACGACUCGCAGCAACGAGGGUGGGCAGUACAUGACGAUCAGCAAGCCAUCGUGGACAUCAUGGAAGAGCUUCUACAGCUACUGUGUGAUGCUAAUCCUGACGUGUCUAAAGCAGCUGUGGAGGAGGACAAGUACGAGAAUGUACUCACUCUCAUUACCUACUACCAAAUGGAGCCCCGUAUCUGUAUCCGGCUGCUCCUGCUCAAGGUGUUUGGGAUGUUGUGUGGACUGGACCAGACGGUGGUGGCCGUUCUCCUCUCCUCUGUACUCCCCAACGAACUGGGCAGGGACAUACAGCAGGACCUGAAGCAGAUCCAGAAGACCCUCUACUCGUGUACUGUCUCUACCAUGAUCUUCUCUACUGGGGAGGCCGUGCCACUGCCCGUCUAUGACCAGUGGAGUGAGGAGUAUAUACUGUUCCUGCUGGACACCAUAGAGCACCCCCUGCCAGAGGACGAGGACGAGAGGGUCUCUGAUGCCUUCCUCAAUGUGAUACUAGCCUUCAAUCAGCAUUUUCCAGAUCCAUCGACUAACCUGGUGAUGAAGGCGAUCCGAAAAUGCUCUAACCCUCGGAACUUUAGUGAGAAGCUCAUGUUCCUCGUCAACAGAGGAGAGGACCCAGUGGCAAUCUCCACCCCGUGCUGUCCAGACUCUAUGACCAAGUUCCUGCUCGACCUGUUCUCUCACACGGACACGUCAGGACUCUUCUAUACCACUGACCUUAUGGUCCUCAUUGAUAUUGUCUCCAGGCAACUCGCUGACUUUGGCCCAGAAGAUGAGCCGAGGGUACACUACUUGGAGCUGUUGUUUCGAAUAGUAGCAACGACCGACUACUCUGAGCACAAACACCGACAGCACGACAUAGUGACCAGUCUCAACAGAAUAGCCAAAGAGGAGAACGCAGAGGGUACACCUGACCAUGAACUAGUCAGGAAAAUAUGGAAGACUUACCCAGGCAUUUUUGAGGAGAUUACUGAUUUAUGAUCGAUUGAUUCUUGUUUGUUUGUUGAGUGUGCCCUAGGUUGAUGUUGUGCUCAGUUUUUACUUUCACAUUCAGAUUCACCCUUGACAACGUGAACAACAGAGUUUAUUGUGAUGGCUGAA